AUGCCGGAGGAUGUGUCGCUGCUCUGGAACCGCACGGAGCUGGGACACGGCCGCUCUCUGACCGCGCCGCCACCGGCGCGUCCCGCCUGGACGAUCGCGGUGCUGGCCAGCGUGCUGAUCUUCACCACCGUGGUGGACGUGCUGGGAAAUUUCCUGGUCAUCAUCUCAGUAGCCAGGAAUCGGAAACUUAGAAACGCCGGGAAUGUGUUUGUGGUGAGCCUGGCCUUCGCCGAUCUGGUGGUAGCGUUCUACCCCUACCCGCUGGUGCUCUACGCCAUCUUCCAUGACGGCUGGUCCCUGGGCGACACCCAGUGCAAGGUCAGCGGCUUCCUGAUGGGGUUCAGUGUCAUCGGCUCCAUAUUUAACAUCACCGGCAUCGCCAUCAACCGCUACUGCUACAUCUGCCACAGCCUCAAGUAUGAAAAGCUGUACAGCUACCGCAACACGCUGCUGCUGGUGGCCCUCAUCUGGUUGCUCACUGUGGCGGCGAUUGUGCCCAACCUAUUUGUGGGUUCCCUUCAGUACGACCCGCGCAUCUAUUCCUGCACCUUCGCCCAGACCGUCAGCAGCUCAUACACCAUCGCUGUAGUGGUCGUUCACUUCCUGGUGCCCAUCACCGUGGUGAUCUUCUGCUACCUGCGCAUCUGGAUCCUGGUGAUCCAGGUGCGGCGGAAGGUGAAGAGUGAGGUGCGUCCGCGCCUCAAGCCCAGCGACCUGAGGAACUUCAUCACCAUGUUCGUGGUGUUCGUCCUCUUCGCCAUCUGCUGGGGGCCACUCAACUUCAUCGGCCUGGCCGUGGCCAUCGACCCCCAGACGAUGGCACCCCGUGUCCCCGAGUGGCUCUUUGUGGUCAGCUACUUCAUGGCCUAUUUUAACAGCUGCCUUAAUGCCAUCAUCUACGGACUGUUGAACCAGAACUUCCGGAAGGAAUACAAACGGAUAAUCAUGUCCUUGUGCCUGCCCGGGCUAUUCUUCCAGGAGACUUCCCGGGGGGGGACAGAGGGUAUGAAAAGUCGACCCUCCCCAGGACUCAACAACAAUGAGCAGGUGAAAGGAGAAACCCCAUGA